AUGGCGACUGACGAUUGCCCAUCGACAUCUACUGGUCGCCUGUUCGUCACCGACCGCACUUCAAAGACGCAGUUUUUAGUCGAUACUGGAAGCGACCUCUGCGUCUAUCCACGGUCGGCGCUGUGUGAUCGUCGUUCUAGGACUGGGUAUAAUCUGAGCGCUGCAAAUGGUUCUAAUAUUGCUACCUACGGCUAUUUAACUUUAGAUUUAGAUUUUGGCUUGCGCAGAUCUUUUGUAUGGCGUUUUGUAGUAGCUGAUGUUACCAAGCCAAUCAUUGGUGUAGAUUUUCUUAAUCAUUAUAAUCUGCUAGUAGAUUGUCCCAAUAAGCGCUUGAUUGACAUGUUAACUUUAAUAGCUGCCAUCGGCACCACAGCCAAUUGUAAAGACGUGUUUUCCGUUAAAGUCGUAACUGGCGAGUCCCGGUAUCACAAAAUUCUUGACGAAUUUCCCGAAAUCACUCGACCAGCUGGCAAACAAAACACUAACAUACCCCAUAACACAGUCCACCAUAUACGCACCACACCAGGUCCCCCAGUUUCCUUACCACCCCGUCGUUUAGCUCCUGACAAGCUGAAAAUCGCCCAGGAAGAGUUCCGGAUUAUGCUGGCUUGUGGUACAGCCAGGCCAUCGGAGAGCUCUUGGUCGUCACCCCUCCACCUGGCCCCGAAGAAGGGCAACGGAUGGCGGCCCUGCGGAGACUAUCGCAGCCUAAAUGCUCGCACCGUGCCUGACAGGUACCCGAUUAAGCACAUCCAUGAUUUUUCGUAUGAUAUAGCUGGUUGUAAAAUCUUUAGUACACUAGACUUGGAAAAAGCUUACAAUCAGAUACCUGUCAGUCCCGACGAUAUCGCGAAAACCGCCAUCACGACCCCCUUUGGGUUAUUCGAGUUCCCGUUUAUGACGUUUGGCCUACGCAAUGCGGGUCAAACGUUUCAACGGUUCGUCGACGAGCUUACCAGGGGCCUCGAUUUUGUAUACGCUUAUCUAGACGACUUCCUAAUAUAUUCUAGGAGCGAGGCAGAGCACGAGGAACAUCUGCGCGUAAUCUUUGCUAGGCUGAAGCAGUACGGCAUGCUGGUAAAUACCUCAAAGUGCGUCUUAGGAGCUCAAGAGGUAACAUUCCUAGGGUACCUGAUUUCAGCCACCGGAUGUAAACCCCUCGAGUCGAAGGUUCAGGCAGUCAUGGACUUCCCACCACCAACUAACAUCAAGCAGCUACGGGCCUUCUUGGGCAUGAUCAACUUUUAUAGGAGGUUUCUUCCUCGAGCAGCCGAGAUACAAGCCCCGCUGCACGCACUGCUGACAGGUUCGGUGAAGGGAUCGCAAGCAGUCAACCUUACUGGAGAUACGUUGAAAGCAUUUCAAGCCUGUAAGGAGAGCUUGUCGAAUGCAGCGAUGCUGGCGCACCCUGAUUGCACUGCAAAUCUAGCGGUGGUCACGGAUGCUUCCGACAAGGCUCUUGGUGCGGUACUACAACAAUUUAAAAAUGGCGCUUGGGAACCGCUAGCCUUCUUUUCCAGAAAGCUCAGCCCCUCUCAGGCCAAAUACUCGCCCUACGACAGAGAGCUAUUGGCCAUAUACGAGGCGGUAAAAUAUUUCAGGCACAUGCUCGAGGCUCGUCACUUCACUGUGUACACUGACCACAAGCCAAUCAGUUUCGCCUUCCAUGAAAGGAAGAGUAACUGUUCGCCUAGGCAGUAUAGACACCUUGACUUCAUAUCUCAAUUCACGACAGACAUCCGCCACAUAAGUGGCAAAGACAACGUAGUCGCGGAUGCGUUGUCGCGAAUUGAGGAACUAGAAGCACCUGUAAGCCUCGAGACAAUAGCCCAACACCAAGCCUCCGACCCCGAACUUCAACAGCUCCUGAGCAGUGGUUCAUCACUGCAUCUGCAGAAACUUUAUGUUCCUGGAAGCCAAUCCCCUUUGUACUGCGACGUCGGUACACUGGCUACCAGGCCUUACGCUACUCCAGUACUGCCAGAAAGCGCCAUCUACCCUGUCCGCGACUGUGGCAAGGAGACUGUUGGCGCUGCCGCGCGCGCGCCGCACCAGCGACGCCACCCGCUUGCGCAUGAUGGCGUGGAAGCCGUCGGUGCGCGCCUCCGCAAACAUACCGCUAGCGCUGCAAUAACGCGGCAGCCCCAACAGCAUCCUAAAAGCAUUAGCAUAUUGCACGCGCAGGGCGCUGGCUAUCGGUAUUGCCUCACAGCAGUAGACCGGUUUACUCGCUGGCCAGAGGCAGUGCCGAUAGAAGAUAUCACGGCAGAAACCGUUGCAAAAGCGCUGCUGUCCUCCUGGAUUGCUCGGUUCGGCUGUCCUACAAGCAUUACAACUGACCGUGGCCGUCAAUUUGAAUCGGCCCUAUUUCAAUGCUUAGCUAGGAUGGCCGGAUUCGAGCAUAAAAGGACGACAGCAUACCAUGCUGCUUGCAACGGUAUGGUGGAACGGUUCCACCGUCAGCUGAAAGCGGCUAUCGUCUGUCAUGCAAAUGACAGAUGGACUGAGUCGUUGCCGUGGGUCCUGUUGGGAAUACGUACAUCCUUCAAAGAAGACCUGCAAGGAUCUUCGGCUGAACUGGUUUAUGGAGAGCCAUUGAGACUCCCCGGUGAGUUCUGGGAGCCGAGCGCUGGUACAACUUCGGAUAUAUCCGACUUUUCCGCCAGACUCAAAGGCUACAUGGAGAAGCUACGACCUGUUCCUGCUUCACGACAUUGUAAGCCCAAGGUAUUUGUACACAAGGAACUGGAAACCUGUAGUCAUGUCUUCCUUCGCGAUGAUACUAUUAGAGGUUCCCUCACUCCAGCUUACUCCGGCCCACAUAAAGUACUCGUCAGAGAAGACAAAAUUUUUAAAAUUCUUCUCAAUAACAAGGAAGUGACAGUGUCCAUUGACCGGCUCAAGCCAGCUUUUAUGCUUGACAAUGUCAAGGACACUACCGCUCCUGUGACAGAAACACCUCAGGGUAGGGUGCCAAAUGCAUUGGCGAUGUCUAAGGACACCGCCACAACCCCCUCCUUUGUACCCGCCGCGUAA